AAUUUCAUCCUUCAGGUGUUAAAAAGAUGGGUGAACUGAACCUGGCUAUUAGAUUUUCUUGUUACUCAAUGCUUGAUUUGAUGCAAAUGUAUUUUAAGCCACACUUGCCAAAAAUGCACUACAAAAGGCCGCUUAACGUUAUGGAACAGAAAAUGCUGCGACAGCAGGCUGUAAAUGUUGUUGCUGCUCGCCUUAGUAGGGCGGAACCACCUCUUAGAAAGGAGGUAGUUGAGUACAUGUCUGACACAAAGUCUCAUCUCUGGAGCAUGAGACGCAGCAAAGCAAAUUUCUACCGUCUGAUGUCGGUGUUUUCAGGAUUUCUUUCUGUAGGGCGAUGGCUAGGGGAAGUUUCCACCUGGAAGCAUCCUAUGACAACGGUGCUGGUGCACAUUCUUUUUCCGAUGCUUGUGUGUUUCCCUGAACUUAUCAUGCCAACCAUGUUUCUCUACGUGUUUGUUAUCGGCAUGUGGAACUGGAGAUUCCGCCCGAGACACCCUCCUCACAUGAACUCCAAACUCUCUUACACAGAUGGAGUGACCACAGAUGAACUUGAUGAGGAAUUUGAUACAUUCCCUUCCACAAAGAGCCCUGAUAUUGUGCGAUGGAGGUACGGUCGCUUAAGAAGUGUGGCUGGAAGGGUUCAGAGUGUUGUUGGAGAUUUAGCUACUCAAGGAGAGAGAGUCCAAGCACUUGUUAGCUGGCGUGAUCCUCGCGCCAGCUCCAUGUUCAUGGCUUUUUGCCUUGUAUCUGCUGUUGUGUUGUAUAUGACACCCUUCCAGAUUCCUAUUCUUAUAGGUGGAUUUUACUUUUUGAGACACCCGAUGUUCCGGAGUAAGGUACCACCGGCACCGGUUAACUUCUACCGCAGGUUACCUGCCCUCACCGAUAGCAUGCUGUAAAUGGUUUCUGUUGUGCUUGGUUCUGAAGUUUACCUGCUGAAAGUGACGGUGUGUGAUUCUAGCAUUGAGUUUUUGGCAGUGACUGUAAAAUCCUUGGAGCUAUCUUAUCUAAUAAUGUCUUUGUUGUAUUUUAGUGUUGAGUACAAUUGGUGGAGAUGUAUGUAUCAUGCUGUGGUAAGCUUUAGUGCAGUUUUAUGCUUACAA